AUGGCAGAAUCUAUUUCUCGUGUUCGAAUCAAUCGAUUUAAACGAUUAUUUGAUAUGCUAAGUAAAAUCAAUCUGUUUGAAAAAGAAGACACGAUGUCCGUCAAUGAUCAAUUACUUUCUACAAGAUUUUUUAUUUUUCUGUUAACCUUGGCUCUGAUCAUAGUUUUUACUGUUACAACAUUCUAUGACCGAACCGAAUCUGUUACUAUCGAUUUUCCCUCAGAGGACAAAUUUAGAACAUUGUCCAUCCAUUAUCUCAGCACACUUACAUGUCCGUGUACACAAAUAUCCACCCAAGAAGAUCAAGUUCUUUCAUUUAAUCCGCAAUACCAUCCAAUCUGCACGAGUUACUUUGUUAACGAUUCAUUUAUCUUAUCUUUGUCUAAUCUCAAUAUCAGUCGUUACUUUACCGGCGAUUAUCGCGUGAUGUUAACAUCCCAUUUUCAAACUCUUGCCUUACUUUGCCGAACAGUCAAAAAGUUGACGUUCGAUGCAAUAAAUGAGUUUGGUUCUGAACAGCUCAUCACUACUCAUGCUUUAUCUUCCAACAUUUUCAACGCAACAGUUAAGGAACUUGCCGAUCAAUUAAAAUCAAAGACUAUGGCAAAUCUGAAACAAACAAGUGAUUUUGUUUGGUUGAAUAUUCUUCAAAAUGGCAUCUAUUCUGGAUUGCGUACAAAUUAUAAAGAUCGACUUUCACCUCCGACGAACUUAUUGAUUAGUUCCGCAAAUACUUUAAGUACGUCAACAAAAACAUGCUAUUGUGAGAGAGGCGUGACCUGUGUGGACCAAGCUGAAUUAUUCAAUUUCACCGGAUGGAAAGAAGGCUUUAAUCCAUUCACUAAUAAAUCGGUUUUUGUUCUUGAUGUAUCAACACUUACUUCUAUACCCGGUCUGAUGAUGGGUUGUUUACCAUACGAUUCAUUGCUUCAUUCAACACUUGAAUGUUUUUCUGAUCAACCUUGUAUUGAUACCCUUCGAUACUUCACUCCAGAAUUUCCAUUCGUUUCAGCAAUCUCAUCUUCAUCUCGUUAUUUGAUAAAUUCAACCGUCAAAAUACUACUAGAUGAAUUGUUCAUUGAAUCAUGGUAUGAACAGAGCAAUUUCAGUGCUCAUUAUCGCAGUUGUUCUCCAUCUUCAUGCACAUACUUCUACAAUCGACGAAUUAAUCUCGUUCACGCUAUCACCACAAUUAUUAGUCUCUUCGGUGGUUUCAAUACAGUUAUAAAGUUCUGUGUACCAUUCAUCAUCAGAAUCUUUCGACGAUUACAACGAUGCAGACAACAUCUUGACACAACUAUCGAGACAGUAGUCGAAACGAAACCGGUUUUGAAUCUUAGUUUGAAAAAUCGUCUUUUGGUUCUUAUAAAUCAAGUAAAGGCGAAAAUAGUAACACUAAACAUCUUUCCGCCAUCAUCUGAUAUUAUCGACGAUCUGUAUUCCACACGUGUUUACCUCGUAUCGAUGGCUGUUGGAUUAAGUGUUCUUAUUUUUUAUACUUCAAUUUCGAUCCAAACUCGAAGUAUUACUGUUGAUAAACCAUCAUUAGGUAUUUAUGAACAAUUGUAUAGACGAUAUCCAGCAACACUCAUAUGCCCAUGUACAUAUCUUUCGAUUCCGUAUUCAUUGAUUAUACAUCUGCAGCCUCAUUAUCAUCAAGUGUGUUCGAGUGAUUUUGUUCGAGAUGAUAAGUGGUUUCUGUAUUUUGUAAAAUCUCCCGUCUUGCUAUUCGCAUCUGAUUUCCGCAAUACUGGCUUGAGACUCUUCACUCUACUCCAAACAUUUUGUGUGAUGUCGAAUGAAACUAUAUCAAAUGAACUAACUGGAUUUAAUUACACACGUUUGGUCAGUGGUAAUGUAUUGCCAAGAAAUGUAUUUGAUGAGCAAACAUCUACAAUUAUUCGGCAAUUUCAACAACAGGUACAUAAUUUAUUUGACAGCGACACUUGUUGA